AUGUAUCACGGCUCUUACCAUUGGAUCUUUGUGUGUCUCUGUAUCUUAACUCCAAGAAUAUGCACCCAGGGGAAUCAGUCUAAUAUCCAGACCAACAGCAACGACAAACUCUCAUUGCCUGGUUUUGAGAAUCUCACUGCAGGAUAUAACAAGUUUCUCAGACCCAAUUUUGGUGGGGAGCCUGUUCAAAUAGCACUGACACUCGACAUUGCCAGUAUUUCUAGCAUUUCAGAAAGUAACAUGGACUAUACUGCGACCAUCUACCUGAGGCAGCGAUGGAUGGAUCAGCGGCUGGUGUUUGAAGGCAACAAGAGCUUCACUCUGGAUGCUCGCCUUGUCGAGUUCCUCUGGGUCCCUGACACCUAUAUUGUGGAAUCUAAAAGGUCUUUUCUACACGAAGUCACUGUGGGAAACCGACUGAUUCGAUUAUUCUCCAAUGGCACUGUCUUGUAUGCUCUCAGAAUUACUACUACUGUUGCAUGUAACAUGGACCUAUCUAAAUAUCCCAUGGACACACAGACGUGCAAGUUACAGCUGGAGAGCUGGGGUUAUGAUGGAAGCGAUGUGGAAUUUUCAUGGUUGAGGGGGAAUGAUUCUGUCCGAGGUCUGGAAAAUUUGCGACUGGCUCAAUAUACUGUGCAGCGGUAUUUUACCCUAACCACUAAAUCCCAACAGGAAACAGGAAAUUAUACCCGACUGAUCUUACAAUUUGAACUCAGGAGAAAUGUCCUGUACUUUAUUUUGGAAACCUAUGUUCCUUCUACUUUUUUAGUCAUCUUAUCCUGGGUUUCCUUCUGGAUUUCCCUUGAUUCAGUACCUGCAAGAACCUGCAUUGGUGUCACCACUGUUCUGUCAAUGACAACAUUAAUGAUUGGUUCCCGUACAUCUCUGCCUAAUACCAACUGCUUUAUAAAGGCCAUUGAUGUAUACCUUGGAAUCUGCUUUAGUUUUGUUUUUGGGGCCCUUUUGGAAUAUGCAGUUGCCCAUUAUAGCUCCUUACAGAAGCUGGCAGACAAAGACCAGGGGACUUCUAAGGAAGUUGAAGAAGUCAAUAUCACUAACAUCAUCAACAGCUCCAUCUCCAGCUUCAAAAGAAGAUCAGCUUUGCCACUAUUGAAAUCUCCCAGUGAUAAUGUCAACUAUAGUGACCUGACAAUGAAAACCAGUGACAAGUUCAAGUUUGUUUUCAGGGAUAAAAUGGGUAGAAUUGUUGAUUACUUCACAAUUCAAAACCCUAGUAAUGUCGACCGUUACUCCAAACUAUUAUUUCCAUUGGUUUUCAUGCUAGUCAAUGUAUUUUACUGGGCAUACUACAUGUAUUUUUGA